UCUUUGACGAUAGGGGGAGCUGUUAAGAUAUCCUGGUGUGGUGCGAGGGGCAACUCACUUCAAAUAUUAAUAAGCUGAAAAAAAAAAGGACACGGUGGAGGUUCCCUGUCAAAGUGCUGCCUCGGGGGGCAAAGUUCAAUUACCUCACAGAAGAGCAGAGAGGCGGCCGGGAAGGGAGACUCGAAGCCCUGCACGCUACUAACAGAGAUGGCUGACGAUGACACCAGCAGGAAUCUCCGGCGCAGGAACGUGAAGCGCGACAGCACUGUGAUGAACGAAGAACCCACCCUGAGCAGAACCCCAGAGCAGACCAACAGCAUAAGCAAUUUAAUGCACUGGAGGAAACACAUGGAGCAUGUGAAGGCAGAGUUGCUGGAACAGAUGCAAGGACAGUUAAGUGACCUUCUAGACAAAGCCAUUGAAGAGUCCAUUCACAGCUACUCGCGGCACAAGAACCGGCCUGAAAGUGUCAAUGGACUGGAAACAUCAGCAAGGCACCAGAAGAUGCAGGAACAUGGGAAGGUGUUUGUGGAUCGAAGGUCCAUGCUUGAUGAGUUGUUUGAAAUCAACCAUUUCAAGACCAUCUACCAUAUGUUCAUUGCCAUUCUCUGCGUGUUCAUCAUCAGCACCUUGGCGGUGGACUUCAUUGAUGAAGGCAGACUCGUGCUGGAGUUUGAUCUCUUGGUUUAUGCCUUUGGGAAGUUCUCAACAGUCAUUUAUGCCUGGAUUUGCAUGUUCCUCUACACCCUCAUUGUCCCAUACAUGGCCUUGUGUUUCUGGGGCAGUUACUACCCAUCAACUAAGUUCCACAGUUUAUUCACCAUCGUGGUUGGCAUCCUUGGUUUGACCUGCCAGCUGUGCAUCCUGGGAAUUUAUCCAAUUUACACAGUGAUUCAAGGUCAGCUGCCACCUGCCUCACGGUUCAUCGUCAUCCUGGAACAGAUCCGAUUUAUGAUGAAAAGUUAUUCCUUCAUUCGUGAAACUGUGCCCAAGUUCAUCUCUGCCAAGACAAAGCAAGAUCAAAUUAUCGAACUUCCCAAGUUCUCCCAAUAUCUUUAUUUCUUGUUUUGUCCAACACUGAUAUACCGAGAUUCAUACCCCAGAAAUCCAUACAUCAGAUGGGGAUACGUUGCUGUAAACUUUGCACAGAUUCUCGGCUGCCUGUUCUAUGGCUACUUCAUCCUGGUGCGGCUCUGCAUUCCUGUCUUCACCAACAUGAGCAAGCAGCCUUUCAGCACCAAGACUCUGGUACUGACUCUGUUUCAUGCCACGCUGCCAGGAACCUUCGUUUUGCUGCUCUCCUUCUUUGCAUUCCUACAUUGUUGGUUGAACGCCUUUGCAGAGAUGCUGAGGUUUGCUGACAGGAUGUUUUACAAGGACUGGUGGAACUCGACCUCCUUUGCCAACUACUACAGGACAUGGAAUGUGGUGGUCCAUGACUGGCUCUACUAUUACAUCUACAGAGACUUCCAAUACUUUCUCCAAGGGAGGUGCAGAACCGCCGCCAUGCUGUCUGUGUUCAUCUUGUCGGCGGUGGUCCACGAGUACGUCCUCACGCUGUGUCUUGGCUACUUCUACCCUGUUAUGUUCUGUCUGUUUGCUAUCUUUGGAGUGGUCUUCAACUUCAUGCUAAAUGACAAGCGGAAAGGUCCGGUGUGGAACAUCAUCAUGUGGACCUUCCUGUUCAUUGGCCAGGGUAUCCAGGUGUGCCUGUACUGCCAGGAGUGGUAUGCACAGAUCCACUGCCCACUCAAAGAGAAGAGCUUCUGGGAGCUGGUGACUCCACGGUCCUGGUCAUGCAGGCUGCAGGUGUAGUGGACAUCUGCUGGACUCCUCAUCACUGAUCGCCGACCCGCCUUCUUUCCACAAAGUGCGAGACUCGACUCAAAGCAGGAUGCUGGGAACUCCGAGGAGAGAGAAGAAGGAAGAUGCACCAAAGUGGCAAAAUGUGAAUUUUUUUUGCACUCGUUUUUCACUGUACAUUUAAUAUUUUAUUAAAAACAAACCACAGUUGCCAUGGAAACCUUUCAUAAUGUAGCUUUUUUGAAGAACAAAUCUAUUAUAUACAAUAUUUGGAAUCUUUUUGUGAUAAAGCGGGGAAAAAAAACACAGAGGACGCCUAUGAAUAUACAAACUGUCUUUCCUUACUGAACAUUAGGGUUUAAAUGGGUGUUGAGAAUUUAUUAGUAUUCUGAAACUAAAGCAGCGAAUACUUUAAAGUGUUAAAGAUUAUCAAAUCUUAGAUUUUGUAACUUAACAAUUCCAACGCUGACAAAAAUGGCACUGGUCUUCUAUUGACUGAUUGUCCCGAUUGUCACUUUUCAGAAACCAUGAAUUUUGAGUAAAGGGAACUGUGUUAGGAUUGAGAAGCAGAGCUAUUCCCGUGCGUUAUCUCCUAUCAAAUUUCUGGAAAUGAUAAGGUGACCGUGAUUUAAUCCUGUUGACAAUGUGAACUCGAAUAAACGUUGUGAAUGAAUCAUAUUUUGUGCUCCAUUGAAAAUGAGAACUGAGUUGAGCUGGCGGA